AUGACCAACAGAACUGAACGAUCUAAGCGAAUGGAGAAACUGCAUCGGCGGGACCGUGAGCUCCGACGAUUCUUUGUCGUACACGUCCGCUAUGGAGGAUCAAACCCUUGGGGUUUUAACACGGGGGACCUGUAUUACAUGAUUAAAUUCUGCCCGUUGUCAGAAGUCCGGCUACAUGAGCACCACAGAGAUCCAAUUUGGAUCAACGACUACCAAGGUAUGCUUAAUAUUCGGGAGAAAUGGCGCGUCUCUAUGAAGAAGUAUCAUGGUGAUUUGCCUGAAAAUUACGAAGGGCAAAUCUUUCGUGUUGAUUCGAAACGGGAACCCUUGAUUGAGGAAGGGAUGGCUGGUUACUUCCAGCCUGAGAGACGCCUGGAGCAGAAGUCACUGUAUCUACCGCCUCCACACCAUCAGCCUGCGACCUUGCCUUUGCCAGAAGCUCAGGAGGAAGAAAGAGGCAAGGACCAUACUAUGCCGCCACCGCAACCCGCUCGCCUCCCAUCCCUACAAAAUCAACCUGCUUUUCCCCUCCCCCCAUAG